AUGUUUGGCGAAAGGUCGUCCAGGCAACAAGCCAAGUCGACCGCUACCACGUCAGCACCGCCAUGCACCAAACCCGCCAUCCGACUUUUGUUCACUUUCCUCUCAACCAAAGAUGUCUCGCUCAUCCUCAUCCCAGCGCUUCUCUGCUCGAUCGCAGUGGGCCUCAUACCCACAGCGAUGUCCAAAAUCAUCGGCAAGGCAUUUGACGCCUUCACUGCCUACAACCCAACCGCACAGCCCACUUGGACAAUACCCCAGGCAGUCAGCCAUCACUUCCUCCACCGUGUUCUCGAAACCGUGUAUACCCUUCUCGGACUAGCAGCAGCAACAUUCAUCAUCAGCACGGUCUCUGUCUCAUUCUGGAUCUGCCUCGGCGAGCGAACAUCAGCCCGAGUCAGAAUCGCUCUCUUUGCCAGCGUCAUCGGCAAGAAAUUGGCCUGGUACGACACCGGUAUGGGUCUCGCCCAAACCGCCCAAGAACAAGACCAAGAUGAUCAAGAUCACAUCGAGAUCUCUCCAGCAGGUCUAAUGACUAAAGUCGCUCGAGAGUGCGACGACCUCCGAGUUGCCCUAUCUCGCGAGAUCGGCCAAGUUGUGCAGCACAUCACUACAGCCACUGCAAGCUUGGUGUUGGCUUUCUACACAAGUUGGUCACUUACCCUCGUCAUUCUUGCAUCCAUCCCUCUUGUGCUAGUCGUUACGAUUGUCACUGAGAUUGGUGCCGCACCGUGGCUGCAGAGAGAACGAACGAGCACGUCGCGCGCGACCUCCAUGGUCGAACGCGUAGUGGAGGCCAUUAACACAGUCAAAGCAUUCAACGCGCAGACCAAGGAGACUAGCCGCUUUCAAGCGGAGCUCAAGAACGGUUGCAAGUCCUACCGUAGAUUGCUGCUGUGGUGGGCGAUACGAUUCGGUAUCACUGCAGCAAUGGUCUUUGCCACCUUUGUACAAGGCUUUUGGUUCGGCAGUCAUCUGGUGUCAAAAGCAAAGUUGACGCCAGGGCAGGUGAUGACCGUUUUCAUGUCCAGCUUGCUCGUUUCUGGAGCGCUCAACGAGAUCGUACAAGUUCUGUCCUUUAUCGAUAAGGGCAAGAUCGGCGCUGCGAACUUGAUCAAUCUCAUCAACUCGCCAGAUGUAACAUCCCAAGCUGACCAUAGCAAGGCCACCCGCAUAUCCUCGCCUAUCACCAACUCGAACCGAAGCUCAGACUACAGCGACGACAAGGCACCAAUCAGCAGCAUUGCAUCUCCCACAUGCGACGCUGGAUUGGCAACAACAUCAAUCUUCGACAUGCUCGACUACGACAUGCGACGAGCAAAAGCAGUACCCAUGUCAAUCGAACACAUCCCUUCCACACCUUCACCCGGCAUUCACAGCCCGGACAAGUUCACCUACCGUUCCAAACCACUCGCUCAUACUGCGCGAGCUGCGAGACGUGGCGUACAAGGUCUGCGCCGUAUCGCUCCAGUAAGCUGCCAGGGUGAAGUGCAUCUUCAAAAUGUUAGCUUCAGCUACCCUUCCCGUCCAGAUACUUGCGUGCUCAAGGAUGUCGAUCUCUACUUCCCACCGGCUGAGAUGACUUAUGUCGUCGGUGGCAGUGGUAGUGGGAAAAGUACCAUCGCGCAUCUCUUGCUGCGUUUGUACGAGCCGACAAAGGGCACGAUCCAGAUCGACGAUCAAACCAUCGAGUAUCUGGAUCCUCACUGGUGCAGGCAACAUAUAGGCGCGGUUAGUCAGGAUCCGAUCAUUUUUGAUAUGAACGUCCAUGAAAAUGUUGCUCUCGGUCUCGUUGGCAAGCAGGAUAAGAACCUGCAAGUGGCAGCCGAGACUGGCGUUCCUGUUGUGUCGAGAGAGUCGAUUGAAUCAGCCUGCCGGUUGGCGCUGCUGCACGAGUUCGUACGAGAUCUGCCUGAAGGAUAUGAAACGAUGCUAGGCGCAAGAGGCACAGCAUUGUCUGGUGGUCAAAGGCAACGGCUAGCAAUCGCAAGAGCAAGACUUCAAGAUCCAUCGAUUCUCAUCCUCGACGAAGCCACAUCAGCGCUGGAUCCAACAACAACACACCUCGUCCAUGAAGCCAUCAAAACAUGGCGUAGAGGCAAGACCACCAUCAUCAUCACUCACGACCUCUCUCAAAUCGAAAAGGAAGACUUCCUUUACCUCCUCGAGAACGGAUCGGUCGUGCAGCAAGGAUACCGAUCUGAUCUUGAAGCCAAAGAAGGAGCUUUUAGUCGCAUGUCGGCGCAGCAGCGACAUGUUAGCAACAACGCCCAAGAAAAGCAUGAGGGAGAGGUGAUGCAACAAAUCAGCAGCCGUCUAGAACAGAGCCGCGAUGAGCCGUACAGCCGACCAAGACGGAUAAAGUACAAGUCAAUGCUCGGUUGGGAACGAGAAGGUGGCAUCCUCUCCGAGCAUCUAUCCUUGAUCAUCUCGCAAAAGCUCGAUACUGCGCCUUCGCAUCUCAAGCCGCUGCGUCUGGCUGAGAGACAGGCGAUGCAUAACUACUUGGAAGAUGCUGAGGCGCUCAAAGCUAGUGGAUCCACUGCUAGCAAUCGUCGCGCUCAACGCCCUGCAGUGGAGAGGAAGCGAUGGGACGCUCGCCUUGAAUCUUUCGAUCCUUCGUCCGCACUUGUCACCAAGAGCGGACAGACAUCCGUCAGCAUAUCAGACGAGAGCGCGCGUACAAAGGUACCGACCGUUCGUCAAGUAUGGAGCAUCCUUUGGCGAACAGUCCCCAGCCGAGCCUGGCUGCUAGUCGGUAUCGUUAUGUGUGUGAUGACGGGUACACUCACCCCGAUCUUCUCCUACAUCCUGGCUCAGCUUUUGUCCACGAUGGGUCGACCGGAUCAAAACAGUACGGUGCUCAAAUGGUCUCUUCUCGUAUUGCUAAUCGCUCUCCUUCAAGGCAUCUUCUCCUUCAUCCGCUACCUCCUCAUGGAGGUCUUGGCCGACGAAUGGCUCUACCGUCUCCGCCGCUGUUCCUACGGCAACGUCGUAGCUCAAGACCGAACCUUCUUCGAUAAACGCAACAACUCAGCAGCUCGAAUCUGUCAGAGCAUUGUUAAGGACGGAGACGAUGCGCGCAACCUUGUCGGCUCCAUCAUCGGCCAGCUCGCUCUGAUCACUUCUAUGAUCACACUCGGUAUCGUCUGGGCCAUGGUCGUCGGCUGGAAGCUCACACUUGCAGGUGUUGCUUUUGGCCCUGUCUUCCUCGCUGCAACCUUGGUUCAAUCUCGCGUGAUCAGCUUCUACGAAGCGCGCAACAAGCUCAAGCGCGAGACUGUGUCGGAGCAGUUUCAUAGCAUGGUCUCUCACAUCCGCAGCAUUCGAUCGAUGGGUCUCGAGACAGUUUUUGAUCGGAUGUAUCAGCUUGCUGUAGCUGAUGCACAACGGUGUGGAAUGCGAUCCUCUGUUUUCUCGGGCUUUGGACAUGGAUUGAGCGAGGCGCUGACGUACAUUGCAGAGGCGAUGAUCUUCUUUUUUGGUGCCAAGCUGAUGAUUUCGGGCGAGUACGAUUUUAAGCGGAUGAUGCAGGUGUUCAACCUGAUCAUCUUUGCUGUGACAUUCGCGGCGCAGAUGUUAACAUCCUUGCCGGGCUUGUCGAAGAGUAUGAAGGCGCUUGCGGAUCUCGAUCGACUUCUGAAGCUUUCGGAUGCCAACGUAGUACGUACAGAAGCGAAUGGACAGCUGACGACAGACAUCAAAGGGGGAAUCGAGUUCCGCAAUGUCGCCUUUGCAUACGAUGGUCGAGCAAGCGUCAAAGUACUGAAUGAGGUACAGUUCAACGUUGGUCCUGGUGAAUGCGUCGCGAUUGUCGGCGCAUCUGGUUGCGGUAAAAGCACUAUCGCAGCUCUCCUUGAACGACUCUAUGAACCAAGCUCCGGCAACAUCCUUAUCGACGGCACGCCUAUCUCCCUACUCUCCACUCAAUGGCUGCGCGAACACAUCAGCCUGGUCGGUCAAACACCAAGCCUAUUCGACCUCUCGAUCGCUGAAAAUAUCGCUUAUGGCGCCAACGCAAAGAUCUACGACGAAGCUCCUUGCUCCACCACGCGAACCGCUCUGGACGAGAAGGAGAUGCAAUUAGUCGAACAAUCUGCUCAAGCUGCCAAUGCGCAUUCCUUCGUGCAAGCUCUUCCUGCUGGAUACGCAACAAGUGUUGGCGGUGGCGCGGGAUGCAAGCUCUCCGGCGGUCAAGCACAGCGCGUUGCAAUUGCAAGAGCAUUACUGCGAGUAAGGGCACCGAUCUUAAUCUUGGAUGAAUGCACAUCUGCGCUAGACGUUGCAAAUCAACAGUUGAUCGUGGAAACGUUGCUGUCUCCAAAUGCAGAGGUGAGGAGAAGAAGGAUGACGACCUUGGUGAUCACACACAAUCUGGAUAUGAUGAGGAAGUGCGAUCGUAUCCUCGUGCUCAAGGAAGGUCGCAUCGCUGAGCAAGGGAGUUAUGAUGCGCUCGUCGCAAUGGCCGGUGGAUACUUUGCUUCCUUGACCAGGGGCGGCGAGUGGACAGGCUGA